CGAUACGCCGCUGAUAUUAAACAAACCGAUCUGGCUUAUUUAAAUAAAGUACUUUCUUUACUGGCAAGGUCGAGAAUACCGAAUUCAUACCAAAUAUUAACGGUGGCUGUUGUAAGCAAUGUGGGCCAGACGAGUGCAAGGUGUUUUUAAAAAUGUUGGGAAAACAGGUAGUACUAGAACAGCAACAUCCUUAGUACCAGGCGAACCAAGCGGUCCCAACAUUAAAACAGAAGUACCCGGACCCAGAACUAAGAAAUUAGUUGCAGAUAUUAAUGCUAUUAAUCAAAGUGGCAGUGUCCAACUAUUUGUAAACUAUGACAAAUCUAUAGGAAACUAUCUCGUUGACGUUGACGAUAACGUGUUCCUGGACAGUUUUACUCAAAUUUCUUCUAUUCCAAUUGGAUAUAAUCAUCCGGAAUUGUUAACUGUGUUUAAUGAGGAUCAUAGGAUAAGAGCUCUGAUAAAUCGACCAGCUCUUGGCGUAUAUCCUAGUGAAGAAUGGCCGCAAAAAUUAAAAGAUGUUUUACUCAGCGUAUCUCCAGGCUUGCCACAAGUCAUGACCAUGAUGUGUGGUUCUUGCUCCAAUGAAAAUGCUUAUAAAGCAUUGUUCAUGAGUUAUCGGGCAAAAGAGAGAGGUGAAAAUGUCGAUUUUAGUGAACUAGAAAAAACUACAUGUAUGAUUAACAAAGAACCAGGUUGUCCCCGUCUUUCACUUCUAUCCUUCCACGGUGCUUUUCACGGAAGAACCAUGGGUACCUUAGCCACAACACAUUCAAAAGCAGUCCAUAAGUUGGACGUGCCUUCCUUGGACUGGCCUAUUGCUCAUUUCCCUAGUUACAAGUAUCCCUUGGAGGAAAAUAUUAAAGAAAACCAAGCCGAAGACCAAAAAUGCCUGGCAGAAGUUGAAGAUCUCUUCGAACAGUAUAAGAAAAAGGGCGUUCCGGUGGCAGGGAUUGUUGUUGAACCUAUUCAGUCCGAAGGGGGAGACAAUGAGGCUUCUCCUGAGUUCUUCCAGGGCUUACAAAAAAUUGCUAAAAAGAAUAGUGCAGGAUUAUUGAUAGACGAAGUGCAAACUGGUUGUGGUCCAACUGGAAAAAUGUGGUGUCAUGAGCACUUUAAUUUAGAAACUCCUCCAGACAUUGUCACAUUCAGUAAAAAAAUGAUCACCGGUGGAUAUUUCCAUAAUAUGGAUAUGAGGCCAAAGCAGCCUUACAGAAUUUUUAAUACUUGGAUGGGAGAUCCAGGAAAGCUUUUCCUGUUAGAGGCAGUUUUAAAAGUGAUUAAGCAGCAAAACCUGUUGGUCCAAGUGGUUAAAACUGGCGAUAAAUUGAAAUCGGGACUGUUAUCGAUAGAAAAAGAAAAUCCUGCCUUAUUAAAUUCAACACGAGGAAGAGGGACAUUUUUAGCUAUAAAUGCUGUUAAUACAAAAACUAGAGAUAAUAUUCUGGAAAAGCUUAAGUCAAAGGGAGUUAUUGUUGGUGGUUGCGGGGAUCACGCCAUUAGGCUUAGGCCAUCCUUAACUUUCCAGGAACACCAUGCUGAUAUCCUUUUGGAUAAAUUUGCUCAAGUUAUUAAAGAAGUAAAAUAAAUAUUUAUUUUUAUUAAUAUUAAACUUAUAUUAUAUUAUUAUAAGUUUAUACACAUAUUUUAUAUUUACAAUAGUUUUAAUUAUAUAUAUAUACAUUAAUAUUA